AUGCCUCGAGGUAGACCCUCGUCGAAGUAUGCGAAGCAAGACAUUCCCUAUGACGCGAUCAGCAAAAUCGUGGCGCAUACUCUUGAUCCCGAUACCGCGCUCGUGACCCUUACCGUUCUCGCCAAAGGCUCCCGCCUAGAUGUUUCCGAAUGGGAUGUCCAGGAGCAUCGACCGACUUUGCUAUGCGACUACUGGGCCAGCUUUCCGGGCAAGACGCGCCAAGACGUUCUCGGAAUCGGAGAGCUUUACCAUCCCUUUCGUCUGCUACGCCACCGUCGUGUUCGGGGCCAAUGGCAAGUACUGGUGCAAUGGCUUGGGUAUACGAGCGAGGGAGAGGAUGUUUCUUGGGAGCCGGUCGUGAAAAUGCGUGCCGAUGCGCUGGACGUGUUGGCAGACUACUGUGGAUCCUCGACGUCAGCAUCCAAGCGAAAACAAUCGAAACUCCCCCAAGACGACUCCCAGUCGCUGUCAACCCCCAGAGCAACUGUCUCGAUCCAAAAGCAAUCCAAGAUAUCGACCGAUGAUAGCAAGAAUGCCGGUGCAUCUCCUGCACCAUCACAAUCUCUGCCCCGGCGGAAGAGUACGCGAGGAGCCUCCAUUGAGCCCGCAGCAUCUCUCGACGCUGAGCGCCUGAGCCCUGCAGACGUCCCCCGCACAAUGCUGUGGUUCAUGGACGACUUCACUGUGGGCGAUAUGCAGAAGGUCUGCCGCUUCAUCGACGAGCACUGCACGGGAAAAUUACGUCUGCCUCUAUACAGUGGUGGUGACUGGGACGGGAAGGCUGCUAGCGGCAGAUGGGAGGAUGUUUUCAUGGUGAGCCCGCUUGGACGGUUGGGCAGGUAUGACAAUGAGGAUGAGAAGGAAGAGUGA